CACCACCUCUCCAACAUCACAACCACAUCAACCACCGCCCACCCCGACUCGCUCUCGCCUGCUCGCCUGCCCUCCGCGUCGAGCACAUCUCGUCCCCGCCUCUCUCGCGCCCCGUCCCCGCCUCUUCUUCGCCGUCGCCCAUCAUGGAGGUCCUGCUUGGUAUCACCGGCAAGGACUUCACCAUCAUUGCCUCCUCCAAGGCUGCCAUGCGCGGCGCCAGCAUCCUCAAGGCCACUGACGACAAGACCAAGGUGCUGAACAAGCACACGCUCAUGGCCUUCUCCGGCGAGGCGGGCGACACGGUCCAGUUUGCCGAGUACAUCCAGGCCAAUGUCCAGCUGUACUCGAUGCGCAACGACACCCACCUUCGCCCAGCCGCUGUUGCCAGCUUCGUUCGCGGCGAGCUUGCCCAGGCACUUAGGUCGCGGAGACCCUACACCGUCAACCUGCUGCUGGGCGGCAUGGACCCCAUCACUGACAAGCCUUGCUUGUACUGGUGUGACUACCUGGCUGCCCUGGCUCCCGUACCUUAUGCCGCUCACGGUUAUGCUCAGUACUACUGUCUCUCCAUUCUCGACAAGCACCACCACCCGGGCAUCAACUUCGAGCAGGGCAUGAAGAUCUUGCGCAUGUGCACCGACGAGCUUAAGCGGAGAUUGCCCAUCGACUUCAAGGGCGUUUCGGUUAAGGUGAUCAGCAAGGAUGGCAUAAGAGAAGAAGAGUACAACGACGACGCGCCUGUCAAGCCGGCGUAGCUGUUGAGCGGCUGCUGCCAUCGUCAGACGGGUGCCGGAGACGGUUGAUUGGCGUUUAUGACAUGUGUAAUAACAAUGGCUACGUGGAUCUAGUUGAACCGAGUGUCACAGCUUUGACUGCGACCAGCUGAUUUCUAACACGAGCGCAUUGAUGCAAAGCACACCGUAUACGGUCCCAGCAGACUAUAAUUUAUGCUUAUAGAUGUGAUCAUUCAAGGCCCUACGCGGGAAAGUU